CAGCCCGGGCGGUACAAUAGGGUUGGGCCGCGGCCGGGACUGGGCCGGCGCGGGGCAGGAGCAGGAUCGCAGCCGCAGCCGAGACACACUGGGCGGCUGGCGACGCCGAGCCUCGCAGGCCACCAGCCGCGCCAGCCUCCACCCUCCCCUGAGCGCCCCCGCCUCCGAGUCGUUGCCCGCCGGGCCGGCCCGGGCGUGAUGCGCCGCGGGACCCCAGUCCUGGCCGCUGGCCGCCGCCGCCGUCGCCGCUGAGACCACAAGUCCUCCCAGUGACGCCGCAGCCAUGGAGAGCGGCCCACAUGCGGAGCCGGGUGUCGGCGCUCCCCCAGCUUUGGCAGCCAGGACGCCCCCAGAGCCAAGACCUUCUCCAGAAGGUGACCCCUCCCCACCGCCACCACCACCACCGAUGUCAGCCUUGGUUCCCGACACUCCCCCGGAUACCCCUCCUGCCAUGAAGAAUGCCACUAGCCCUAAGCAGCUCCCACUGGAACCAGAGAGCCCCCCAGGGCUGGUAGGGCCUAGGCCAGCCCCCCAGCAGGAAGAGUCGCCUUUCUCAGAAGUGAAGAUCAGGGGACCCACCCCACCAGCCACAGGCCCACGGGAUGCCAGGCCUCCUCGAAGGAGCAGCCAACCAUCCCCAACGGCAGUGCCAGCUUCUGACAGCCCUCCCACCAAGCAAGACGUAAAGAAGUCAGGAGAGAGGCACAAGCUGGCAAAGGAGAGGCGAGAAGAGCGGGCCAAGUACCUGGCGGCCAAGAAGGCGGUGUGGCUGGAGAAGGAAGAGAAGGCCAAGGCGCUGCGGGAGAAACAGCUCCAGGAGCGCCGGCGGCGGCUGGAGGAGCAGCGGCUCAAAGCCGAGCAGCGCCGGGCAGCCCUGGAGGAGCGGCAGCGGCAGAAGCUGGAGAAGAAUAAGGAACGCUAUGAAGCAGCCAUCCAGCGGUCAGUGAAGAAGACUUGGGCCGAAAUCCGGCAGCAGCGCUGGUCCUGGGCAGGGGCCCUGCACCACAGCUCCCCAGGACACAAGACCAGUGGGAGCAGGUGCUCCGUGUCGGCAGUAAACCUGCCCAAACACGUGGACUCUAUAAUCAACAAGCGGCUCUCAAAAUCCUCUGCCACGCUCUGGAACUCCCCCAGUAGAAAUCGCAGCCUGCAGCUGAGCGCAUGGGAGAGCAGCAUCGUGGACCGUCUGAUGACGCCCACCCUCUCCUUCCUGGCACGGAGUCGCAGUGCGGUCACACUGCCACGAAACGGCCGGGACCAGGGUAGGGGUGGCGGCACCGGGAGAGCCCCCGCGAGGGGCGGGGCAGGGGCCCGCCUCGCGCGUGCGCCUCACCCAGACCGCACUCAUCCCUCCGCAGCCGUGCCGGUGUGUCCGCGCUCGGCCUCCGCCAGCCCCCUGACACCGUGCAGCGCCCCCCGAAGCGCGCACCGCUGCGCCCCCGCCGGGGAGCGCCGCAAGCCCAGCGCGGGGGGCAGCCCCGCCUCGGUGCGCCGCCGGCCCGAGGCCUCGCCGGUGCAGAAAAAGGAGAAGAAGGACAAGGAGCGGGAAAACGAGAAGGAGAAGAGUGCCCUGGCCCGCGAGCGCAGCCUCAAGAAGCGGCAGUCACUGCCUGCCUCUCCGCGCGCCUCUCCGCGCCCCUCUCCGCGCCCGCGCCUCUCCGCUGCCACUGCUGCCGAGCUCAGUCCCAAAUCCAAGGCCCGGCCAUCCUCUCCCUCCACAUCCCGGCACAGGCCUGCCUCUCCCUGCCCCAGCCCAGGACCAGGCCACGCUCUGCCUCCAAAACCACCAUCCCCCCGAGGCACCACUGCAUCACCCAAGGGGCGGGUUCGGAGGAAGGAUGAAGCGAAGGAGAGCCCCAGUGCCGCAGGGCCUGAGGACAAGAACCAGAGCAAGGGCAAGGCCAGUGACGAGAGGGAGCCUGCAGCCCCUGCCUCUCCAGCACCCUCGCCUGUGCCCUCACCCACCCCAGCCCAGCCCCAGAAGGAGCAGCCCACGGUGGAGAUCCCUGCAGAUACUGCUAUCCUGACCACACCCCCAGCCCCUGCUUCCCCAGCGACCCCUAACAAACCCAUGGCGGGCACCACAGACCGAGAGGAAGCCACUCGCCUCCUGGCUGAGAAGCGGCGCCAGGCCCGGGAGCAGCGGGAGCGCGAGGAACAGGAGCGGAGGCUGCAGGCAGAAAGGGACAAGCGAAUGCGAGAGGAGCAGCUGGCGCGGGAGGCCGAGGCCCGGGCUGAGCGGGAGGCCGAGGCCCGGAGGCGGGAGGAGCAGGAGGCCCGCGAGAAGGCGCAGGCGGAGCAGGAGGAGCAGGAGCGGCUGCAGAAGCAGAAAGAGGAGGCCGAAGCUCGGUCCCGGGAAGAAGCAGAGCGGCAGCGUCUGGAGCGGGAAAAGCACUUCCAGCGGGAGGAGCAGGAGCGGCAAGAGCGCAAAAAGCGUCUAGAGGAGAUAAUGAAGAGGACUCGGAAGUCAGAAGCUGCUGAAACCAAGCAGAAGCAAGACAGAAAGGAGGCAAAAGCCAACAAUUCCAGCCCAGACCCUGCAAAAGCCGGGGAGGCUCGGCCAUUGGGGCUGCAGAAGGAGGCUGUGCAGAAAGAGGAGCCUGCCCCCCAGGAGCCUCAGUGGAGCCUGCCAAGCAAGGAGUCACCGGGGUCCCUGGUGAAUGGCCUGCAGCCUCUCCCAGCGCACCAGGAGAAUGGCUUCUCCCCUAAGGGACCCUCUGGGGACAAGAGUCUGGGCCGAACGCCAGAGGCACUCCUGCCCUUCGCAGAGGCAGAAGCCUUCCUCAAGAAAGCUGUGGUUCAGCCCCCACAGGUCACAGAAGUCCUUUAAGGAGGUGCCUUGGAUCCAGGCACAGCUAUGGGGGCUCCUCUGCGUCAUCCGCUAGGAUGUCUGGAAGAAAAAGAGACAGAACAAAGCCGGAAGUGGCCUGGGCCCCUGGGGGUGGGUCCUCUCUGUUAUUUCUAAUUUGCACCUUAUAGACUGAUGUCUCUUUGGCCAGAGCCAGACCCUGCCCCUCAGUGCAUUCGUGUGCUCACAUGUGCAGACACCCCCUCCCCCCAGUACACACACAUACACUCACAGCCUCUCGGGCCUCCUCCCUUGGGGAAGGGCCACCUGUAGUAUUUGCCUUGGUUUGGUGGGGUACAGUGGAUGUGAAUACUGUAAAUAGCUUGUGCUCAGACUCCUCUGCGUGGAGGGGGUGGGUGCAGGAGGCAGACCCUCCCAAGACUCCCUGGGGAGAUCGUCCUCUCUCUAUUUAACUGUAACUGAGGGGGAACCCAGGUCUGGGGAUGGGGGGCACCUUGGGCCACAGGAUACUUGUUGCUUUAGGGGUACCCAUGCCCCCUGCCCUUGCCUGGAAUCAGUGUUAUUGCAUCUGAUCAAACUUCUGCAGAAAUAAAGUGAGAAUAAUUCUGCCAGUCCUGUCUAUCCUUGGGGCUGGCAAGUGGGGCGGGUGGUGGGCUUGGGAGCAAGUGGCCUUCUGAGUUCUAACGUGAACUUAAGGAGCCAGGGCCUGGGGAUAUCUACCCCUACUUGGUACCAGCCUGUGGUCUUCCAAUUAGUCAUGAAUUCAUUCAUUUACUCAUUUAACAAAUACGGUCGCAUCUCCUCUGUACCAGGCAGUGGGCUACAUGCUGGGGUGCAGUAGUAGGAAAAGAUGUAGCGUCUGUUCUCCUGGAGUUUACAGUCCAGCAGGGGAGCGUCAUAGACACUGUGAGUCGCCUACUGCACAUCCAUUCCCAUCGCCCCCUCCUCAUUCCAGACAAUCCUGAUCUUGUUCAGGUGGCCGUCUCCCCCCUGGAUCCUGCCCUGUGCAUCAGUGGAGAUGAGUUGUAGGCCCAGGGAUGAACCAUGAUUGUAGUGAGCCAAAAAUGAUGGUCCCGAGCCUCUCGUGAAUGAUUGGGUUAGGUAUGGGCACGUGACACAAUUGUAGCCCACAGAUAUAAAGAAAAGCCUCCUGGGCUUUCUAGGAGAGGCUCCCUCACUUUUGAAACACAGUACCAUGUGGGAGCCAGCCUGUAAGAUGACCUCCCAGUGUCUCCUACCUCCUAGAGUUCUCACGUGUGUAGUCCCUGCCCAUGUUGUGCCAGGGCUGGGCCAAGUGACCGAUGGAGCGUCACGUCUGAGAUUCGGUCACAAAGACACUGCAGCUUCUGUCUUGGUUGCUCUCUUGCUCUUGAAUCACUCGCUUUGGAGGAAGGCAGCUGCUACGUUGUGAACAGCCUUUGGAGGGGCCCACGUAUCAAGGGACUGAAGCCUUCUGCCAACAGCCAUGUGAACGAGCUUGGAAGCAGACCCUCCAGCCCCAGUUAAGCUUUCAGAUGAUUUCAGCCCCGGUCCACAGCUUGACAAUAACCUCAUGAGAGACCCUCUGCCAGAACCAACCCGUUAAACCACUCUUGGGUUUCUAACCCUCGGAAAGUGUGAGACAAUAAAUGUUGUUUUAAACUGC